CAAGAUGAAAAGCGAAAAGGACAAGGAGGCACUAUAUCCGGAUUUAAGAAUCGCGACUUUCCUUUCUCUCUCUAAACAUUCUCUCUCUAGAAACCUACAGCCAAACCCUCAGCACACUUCACUGUGACAACAAGAUCUAACCCUGAUACAAUCUCUAUGGAGGAACAAGAGAAGGGUUUGUGUGGAACAUCAGAAUCCGCAGUGAACCAUGAGGGGAAAGUGGGGGGUGAAACCCUAGAAGGGUCUGUGGAUUAUAGGGGUGAGGUUCAGAUGGAUGGUUCAUUCUCGGAAGAGUUGGUUGGAGAGGGUGGGGAUUGUAAUGGGAAGGAUGUAAUGGUGGAGGUUCUGGGGUCUGAUUUGUACAUAGAUGGUGUUUGCACGCAGGGAAAUGGUGCUGAGCUGAGUGGUGAAGUGGGUGGUGGUAGAUCAGUUGAGGGUUUUGGGGAGGAUGUGUGGUCUGGAGAGGUAGGUGGUGGGGACUCUCAGGGUGUAGAAUCUGAAGAAGGUAGGAGGGAGAAUGUGGCAGUGGAAGGUAGGACCGCAAUGAAUGUGCCCAUGGAAUUGGAUAAUGUGGUGUUGGGGAGGGAAGAUAGAGAUGAAGCAGUUGUUGGUAGUGAAGUUGAUGUUGCAUCUUCACAGGAGGAAACUGUUUUCGAUAAUAGAGCUCAGAAAGAAGUGGGGACAGCAAUUAGCAAUAUCGAAGAUCCUAAUGUUGCAUACAUUGGGGUUGAGUGCACAAAUGUAGUGGAUGGGGGGGCCUCAGAUCACAAGGUGACAAAUAGUAGAUGUGAGGAUGGUUUAGGAUGCCAGUUAACAGGUAGUUCUGUAAAAGGAGAGAAUGUACAGAGUGAAUGUGCUGAAAAGGAUAAUGGAGCAACAAGAGAUGGAGAUGGUGUGACCUUAGACGAAGAGAAGAACAUUGCUAAAAUGCAUAGUGGUAAAAUAUUUGAGAAAGAAUGUAUCAGUGACAAAGUUGAAUUUGAGGAAAAGUUAAAUUCAGAUGUUGAACAACCCAUGGAGAUUAAUAGAGUUGAUGAAGACUCCAAUAAUGUACUAGAAGAAGUGGUUGGUGGAACUGAUGUUACAAUGGAUGAGACUCUUCCAACUUCUGAGGAAAAACAGUGGUUGAGAAAAUGCACUAAAAGAGAACAAACGUCCGAGUCUAUUCAGCUGAAUUCAGACACAGGGCAGGGAAUAGUUGAUAAGGAUUUAACAAAAGAAGAGGAAUUAAACAACGAUGUUUCUGAAGCUAAAGGAUGUGGUUUGCUGAAGGGGACAGAAGUAGAAGUCGAAGGUCAACCAGAGACAGAAAGCACUGAAACAAAGAACCAGACUUCAUAUAUUGAAGAUGACACUCAAAUUGCAGACCAGGAUAAGCUUGCCCUGAUGGAUGCUGGAAAGGACAAAGUCCAUGAUGACUCUAAUAUUAGGCAAAAUGUUGAAGUACAAACUGGCAUGUCUGAGCAGGUUGGUUCAAAUGGAGCUCAGGAACUUGAAGAAUUUGUUGAAGCUGGACAGAGAAAAAUAGAGGGAAGAGUCACGAGACGGUCAUCAUUAAUGAAGGCUGUGAAUUCAGAACUAUCUCAUGCAAGAUAUUUGCUGCCAAAAGAAAAGGAAAGCAACUUUUCUGUGUCAAAUAUGGUUUGGGGAAAGGUGAGAAGCCACCCAUGGUGGCCUGGGCAGAUAUUUGAUCCCUCAGAUUCGUCUGAAAAGGCAACGAAACAUUAUAAAAAGGACUGCUAUUUGGUAGCAUAUUUUGGGGACAGAACAUUUGCUUGGAAUGAAGAAUCUCAGCUAAAACCCUUUAGGACACAUUUCUCUUCUAUUGAAAAGCAGAGCACUUCAGAGUCAUUUCAGAAUGCUGUAGAUUGUGCUCUAGAUGAAGUAACAAGACGAGUAGAAUAUGGGCUAUCAUGUUCUUGUAUACCCAAAGAUACCUACAACUUAAUUAAAUUCCAGACUGUAGAAAACACAGGGAUCCGACCGGAACUAAGUGUCAGACAUGGGGUGGAUGAAUCUCUAAAUGCAAGCACCUUUUCACCUGAUAAGCUUGUAGAGUACUUGAAAAAACUAUCUGAAUUGCCAACUGGUGGGUUUGACCGUUUGGAGCUUGGGAUUGCUAAGGCUCAGCUGCUUGCAUUCUAUCGCUUCAAGGGUUACUCUUGCUUGCCAGAAUUACAAUAUUGUGGAGGUUUUGACGAUGACAUGGACACCUUAGUUCAUGGUGAUGAGAAUAAGGCUAUUAAUUACAAGAAUGAUGGUCAAGUGGGUUCUGGAAAUUUAAAAUCCCAAAGCAGCUCUCGCCGCAAACGGAAACAUAACUUGAAGGAUAUUAUGCAAGAAACACCAAAGGAAAGAAGCUUGUCUGAACUAAUGGGUGGGACUCUAGACGCUCCUGAUGGUGAAUAUUGGUUUGAUGAGAAGGUAACUGAUAAUCCUGUUUCACGCGGCCGUCCUAGGAAAAGGAGGACUGUUGAUCACUAUGGUGAUGACUUUGGGCAGCAAGAUGGAAGGAAAACAAUUUCUGUUGCAAAAGUUUCUAACACCACAAAGCCGUCAUUUUUAAUUGGUGACCGAAUUCGUAGGGUUGCUAGUAAACUUACUGGUUCACCCACUGUGGUGAAGAGUUCUGGUGACCGGUCUCAGAGGACAGAUGGUAGCACUGAAGGCAUUUAUGGGAAUGAAUUCGAUGUUUCCUUUGAUGAGGCUGAGAGGUCAAGUAUGGUUGUUACAAUAGAGUAUUCAUCUCUGGAUGAUUUGCUAUCUUCACUUCAUUUGGUGGCACAGGAACCUCUUGGAGAUUAUCGCUUCCUGAAUCCUAUUAUAAGUUUCUUCUCUGAUUUCAGAGAUUCAAUAACUGUGGCUGAUGAUGCUGUAAAAGAUAUCUUUUGUACAGAACAAGUUGGCACUAAAAGGAAGCAGCCGCCUGUAGGUGGGUUGCCUGAAACAUUUGAAUUUGAAGAUAUGAGUGACACAUAUUGGACGGACAGGGUCAUUGACAAUGGCAGUGAAGUGCAAGCAGCACAACUGUCACAACCAACCCAACCAGCACGGAGAAACCGUAAAAAGGACUAUGAACUUGUUUCUACCGAGCAAGGGAAGUCUGUUCCAGUUAGUCGAAGGCCCUAUUCCAGGAAACAGCAUUCUAACAGUAAUCAUGUUGAGGUUCCUCAAAAGCCUGCUGGUUAUAUAAAUGAGAAUGCCCCUGCUGAACUUGUUAUGAAUUUUGCUGAAUUGGGUUCUGUUCCCUCAGAAACAAACCUUAAUAGAAUGUUUAGGCGUUUUGGACCUCUAAAGGAAGCUGAGACAGAAGUUGAUACAGUAAGCAGCCGGGCAAGAGUGGUUUUCAAAAAGUGUUCUGAUGCAGAGGUUGCUUGUAGUAGUGCUCAAAAGUUCAACAUAUUUGGUCAAAUACUUGUGAAUUACCAGCUUAACUAUACUCCAAGUGCAUUGUUCAAAGCUUCGUCUGUUGCUACAACCCAGGACCACGAGAUGCAUUUUGAUCUCUCCAAUUUUGAAGUUAAUCUUGGGAGUGUUGAUGAUGAUGUCGUGGCAAGUUUGACUGAAUGAACAGCGAAAGCAUAUUUUCACCAAGUGGCCUCUGUAGUAGGUAGGUAACCGGAGAAUGUUAAUUCAUCUGGUCAUCCAUUUUUCUGUUAAGAGAUAUUUUUGGUUGUAUCAUUCCUUUUAUUGUAGUUCUGUAGUUUGUAAUUCAUUUUCUAGUUUUCUGUAUAGCCUUGUCACUGACCCUCUUUUUGUAGUUGCCAUCAUUCUCCAGCCUGAUUGUUUUCAAUUCUCUAGUCUGAACACUGGUUCUGUAUCAAUAUCAAUGCUACAUAUAAUAGUCAUAGGCAAUUAUAGUUAACCUUUAGUUGUUGCUA